UAUGACCCGGCUGUUAAGGCCACUUGGGCCUCGCAAAAAUAACAGUAGCUGUUAAUUUAACGAUAACUGUUAUGGUUUCGUGCAUGGUUUCCGGGUUCCCUCCAUUGCACGUCUGCUCUCGAAGCGCAUGAUUUGAGUAAUAAGUUAAAGACAGCUACGAUAUUUCUUAGCCUUUAGUUAACUUCGAAGGAGGCUACUGGAUGAGGCAUUUCACAGCAAACUAUUACCAGUGCAUGCAAUGAUGUUAUUUAAGCAAAGUUUUAGAGAUCUUUUAUAGAACGGUAAAGCAACAGUAGUAAUAUCUUUGGUGUCUGUCACCCAAAGAAGUUUAAUGUCAACAUCUAAUAAACACCCGCACCAACAUAUCUGCCCCGCUAACUCAGCCAACACUGACCAUGGUCAUUGAUGUCUUAAUAGGUACAGAUGAACAUGGAAGAAAAAUCCCAAAGUACCUGAUUCACUUCAACGGUUGGAACAGAAGCUGGGAUCGUUGGGCUGCAGAGGAUCAUGUCCUAAGGGACACUGAGGAAAACCGUAAAUUGCAACGUAAACUGGCUCGCAAAGCACUAGGUCGCAUGAAGAGAAAGGGAUGGGCGAAGAGGCGUCGUCGUCAGUCUGGUACUAAAUCUUCUCUGAAGACUCUCCCUAAGGAGGACGACAGUGAUGACGCAUGUUUGAUUUCAUCUUCAGAGAGCAGUGACGGGGACGAUUCUGACCCUGAAUCUUCGAAUAGCGGGGACAGCACCUUCUCUGAGGAUAUCAACAAAAUGAGGGUUGAACCAGACAUUAAUGUUAAGAGGGAAUGUGAGGACAGGAUUGUCCAUGUUGACAUCAGCAUCCCCGAUAUUCUGAAGAAGAAACUGGAGGAUGAUUGUUUCUACAUCAACAAGAGAAAAAAGCUGGUGAUGGUUCCCUGUCAGACAAAUGUUGUGCACAUCCUGGAGUCCUACGUGAAACACUUUGCCAUCAACAAAGCAUUCAUGGCCAAUGAGAGGUACCGGCGGCAGCAGAACACCACACAGAACAGCAACCCACAGCCAGUCCCUCCAGAGAAGAGCGAGGAGCUGUGUAAGGAAAUGGUUGAUGGCCUGAGGAUCACGUUUGACUUCACCUUACCCAUGAUCCUCCUCUACCCCUGUGAACAAGCUCAAUUCAAAAAGGUCAGCUCUUCCAGGCUCUUUCUGGCCAUGAAUGAAAGCUCCCCCUGCUCCAGCAACACCCAACGAGAGCGCAGCCCGAGCCCGUUGGGACACAAUCCCCCCACUCCUCAGUCCACAGACAGCCAGCCGGCACUGAGCGACAUCUCUGCCACCACACCCACCGCCCCAGCCCCCACCCCAAAGCGCCGGCGACACCCUGACAUGGACUGUAUCUCAUACCAGUCCCAGUCACUCAGGCGCUCUACCAGGAACACGUCUGGAGGAGACCGGCCAGCUGAAGGAAGCAGUGGAGGUGGAGGCAGUGCCACAGCGUCCCCACAGCUCAAACGGCGUUUGGUCGACACCUCAUCCCAGCCCAAGUUCUUCCUCAACCUAGACAGAAGCCCAGAAACCCCAGUGCACAGUGGCUCAUCUUCCCCGUUGCCCUUGACGCCAAGCAAAGAGCGAAGUGGGCCAUUCUAUGGCCUGGAGAGCCGGAGAAACAAUGAACUUAAUGAGGUCCUAAGCUGGAAGCUGACUCCUGAUAACUACCCUCUGAAUGACCAGCCUCCUCCACCUUCCUACCUGUAUGGAUCACAGCACCUCUUGCGGCUUUUUGUGAAGCUUCCUGAGAUCCUGGGAAAGAUGCAGAUCCCUGAGAGGAAUCUCCGAGCCCUGGUCAAACAUUUGGAACUAUUUCUCAGGUUUCUGGCAGAGUUCCAUGAGGAUUUUUUUCCUGAGUCUGCAUAUGUGUCAGCAUCAGAGGCCCACUACAGCAUGAAACAACCAAGGCCCGUCUACUGAAGGAGACACUGGCCAUUGUGAUUCCUUCCCUUGCAGUCUUUAGCCUGACCUACCCCUUCAGCUUGUCAAGACUGACCUGUCUGGGCUUGUGUACGGAGGGAUAAUCGCAGCUUUCUCCGGAUUACGCUGUAUUGUGCUUUCCUGGACCUCCCUUUCUACGCCUCUGGCCAAACAUUAGUUUUCCUCUUGUGCGCCUUGUGGAACAAGUUAUUUCUACCAUGCCACUAACCCUCGCCUGUGCUCUAGUUGUGGUACUGUCGUGCAUGUGAAGCCACCCUGCGCUGCUUUGCUUCAAUGUACUGAUCCAAGGCAUGGCGAGUGCUGUGUGUUGGCUGCCUUUUUGUAGGCCCAAUGUAAAAUUUAAUUCUUAGAAGACAGCUACUACUGAGCCCCCUUUCCCAGCCUUUCCUCGUGUCAUCUGCUUUUUUGUUACCCGUCCUACACCUCUUAAGACCAGGCUAAGGCUGCAAAAUUCUCUAGCUUUUCAUAUAUUAGAGGCUGGCCAAAACAAAACAGUCUUGAAUCACUUACAUGUGCAAGCAGACAAAAUCACCACUAUUUGGCAAAGCCCUUUUUCUCCUGCUAUGACUCUCCCAAUCUUCAUAGCCGCAGUUUUGGAAUAUUAUGGUUUCUUCAUAGAAGGUGGACAGAUUGAAAAGCCCUGUAGUCUUGUUCUGCCUGUCCUAUAAACUAAUUUGGAUACUCCUUGGGGCGUUGUAUGCUGUUUUGGCUUUUCGGAAGCUUGGCCCCUAUUAAUGUAGUGACUUCCUGUAAGUGCUUCCCAUGCAGUGCCGCCAGUGAUCCUCCUCUGGAAAUGAUUCCUCUAAAGCUACAGUAGGACUUGUUCUUCCUAUAGUGGAGAUGCUUUGCUGCUUUCUCUAAGCAAUUCUAUUUUGCUGACUCUUAAAAUACCUUUAAUCAGGAAUGUUGUUUUUCUUCCGGAUUUGAUAUGACACUUUUUGGAUAUAUAAUGUCCUCUAAAGUGUCAAAUGAGAGAUUUUCUUAUUUCUUGCUUUGUCUUGUCUUUGAUGUUGUCCUGUGCAUGUCUGAUAAAUGUCUGAGCUUUUUAUUUAACUUUGUUCUGUCUGUUCCUCCCACCGUAGUCCCCUUUCAACAGGAAGGAUGGUUCACAAUGAUGAAAGACUAAAAAGACAAUAGGUGCUUUGUACAACAUAUUACAGCCAAGUUUCUGUUAAUAAAGUUAUAUCUUGCACUGAAGCUAAUCUUAAUAUACAGUUAAAUACCAGCGGCUGUUUAGUUUUUUGCAAAUAUUACAUAAAGAUUGUUCUAGACUAGUUCAUUUCAGUGCGUUCAACAAAGAUUAGACAAUCACUUAAAUGUGUCAAAAACAACGUUAGCAUACAUUUAUGUGAUUUAAACCACAAUGCUUGGUACAGUUUGCUAAACAUUUUAUAAGAAAUAAUUAAACAAAUGCUAGGAAUUAUUUGUAAAAUGCAACAAAAGGAAUCAUUCUGGUUUCUCGUCAUGAGAUUGUGAAAAUGUAAAUACAAAACACUUGUUGGAGCAGUAUGUAAUUUAUUUUUCUUCGCACACCACUGGAUCACUUUGUUCAUUUGUUGUUAAAUGGUUUAUAAAACACUUGACAAGGCCCAAUUUAGACUGGUUGAUAAUACCCAGUUAGUUUGUCUCAGCUGUUUCUUCAACAAAUAUAUCUGUAAAUACAGUGUCAUAUAAAUUUCUGGAUUGUAACACAGUUGUAGAUUUAAUACAGUGUUUCUAUGAUUUGCAGAGCCUGUUAGACUAGUAUUGUAUUUCAUUUGAGCUUUUUUCUGUAAAGUCAGUUUCCUUUUAUCAUCGUCUUCAUAGUGUAGAGAC